AGAUUCGAAGGUCACAAUGAGGGAGGGAUCGGGCGACAGGCAGCGAACCUAGCUGUGGCCUGCGGGUGCCCGGGGGGCCGCGGACCGGCGGCGGCCCGCCCCAACGAUGGUCAGGCGGCGAGCGCUGGAGCGCUGCCUGCAGCUGCUGGCGCCCUCGGCGGAGCCAGCGCGGCGGGGCCGGGCGCGGAGGAACCCGGGCGCUGGCCGCCGCGGCCCCUCCCGCUGCGCGGGGGCGCUGUGCCCCGCAGCCGAGGAGCAGCGGCAGCGGCGGCGGCGCGCGCCCGCCCGCCCCCCGCACCAGUUCUUCAGAGGACAUGGAUGAAAAUGAAAGCAACCAGUCCCUGACCACAAGCAGCCAAUAUCCUAAAGAAGCAGUAAGAAAACGCCAAAAUUCAGCACGGAGUUCUGGCGCAAGCGAUUCUUCGAGGUUUUCCAGGAAAAGUUUCAAACUGGAUUACAGACUAGAGGAAGAUGUAACUAAAUCAAAGAAAGGAAAGGAUGGGAGAUUUGUUAACCCUUGGCCAACAUGGAAAAAUCCCUCUAUUCCAAAUGUUCUCAGAUGGCUGAUAAUGGAAAAAGAUCACAGCAGUGUUCCGGGUUCCAAAGAGGAACUUGAUAAAGAACUCCCAGUGCUUAAGCCAUAUUUUAUUGAUGACUGUGAAAAAGCUGGAGUGAGCGAAGCUGGCUUACGAGUCACGUGGCUGGGCCACGCAACAGUCAUGGUGGAAAUGGAUGAGCUCAUAUUUCUCACAGAUCCUGUCUUCAGCUCUCGUGCCUCACCGUCGCAGCACAUGGGUCCGAAGCGUUUUCGUCGGCCCCCGUGCACUAUAAGUGAACUCCCCAAGAUAGAUGCGGUCCUUAUCAGCCACAACCACUAUGACCACCUGGACUACAGUUCCGUCAUUGCUUUGAAUGAGCGAUUCGGGAAUGAGUUGAGAUGGUUUGUGCCUUUGGGUCUCCUUGACUGGAUGCAAAAAUGUGGCUGUGAGAAUGUGAUUGAGCUGGACUGGUGGGAGGAGAACUGUGUCCCCGGACAUGACAAGGUCACCUUUGUCUUUACACCUUCCCAGCACUGGUGUAAAAGGACUCUAAUGGAUGACAACAAGGUUCUGUGGGGCAGCUGGUCUGUCUUGGGGCCUUGGAAUCGAUUUUUUUUCGCAGGAGACACUGGUUAUUGCCCUGCUUUUGAAGAGAUAGGAAAAAGAUUUGGGCCUUUUGACCUUGCUGCUAUUCCCAUCGGAGCAUAUGAACCAAGGUGGUUUAUGAAAUACCAGCAUGUGGACCCCGAAGAAGCUGUAAGGAUUCACAUUGAUGUUCAAGCAAAGAAAUCUGUGGCAAUUCACUGGGGAACUUUUGCCUUAGCAAAUGAGCAUUACUUAGAGCCUCCAGUGAAACUGAGUGAGGCUCUAGAAAGAUAUGGACUUAAGACCGAAGAUUUUUUUGUCUUGAAGCAUGGAGAAUCAAGAUACCUUAAUACUGUUGAAAACUGAAUAAAUAUGAGCACAGGAUCUUUUAAUGAAAAAGGCAUCAUCUGAUAUAUCUUUGAAAGACUAAGAAAUUCAUGAAUAUGAUUUUUCAAAUUUGGAAACGACUUCUACAAGUUUGUGUUUUAUGUUUUGUGUAAUAACUUGCUUACUAAUAUGAUUGCCAGUUCAUACAAACAAGAGUUCAGGGGUGGGUCAUUUAAGUAACCAAUUGGCUGCUAUGGAUUUUAAAUCAUGUCUGUAGUA